CCGUAACAAAUACCGGUAGUAGCAGGGAAGGAAAUUCCACAAAGGUUGGCGAGCCGCUACGUGUUGAUAAGAAGUUGACCGAGUACUCGUAACGUUAUAGUGUGUACCCGAGCUACGAGCUGUGAGGCGAGGAGAGACUGAGUGGACUUUGUCCGACUCUUGAAGCUGCACAUGCGAGGUACCUAACUGACAUGACAUUGUUUUUCUUCGUUUUCAUCUGCUCAGUUUCCGGGUGCAUUCACUCGCGUCAAAAGAUGUAGGUACCAACACCAGCAAUAGCAAUAGCAUGCUCGCAGCUGGGUCGCUGACAGUCCCAGUAGUCACUAGAAGGACAUUCACAUGAUUCCAGCAGACGAUGCCAGAAUAUUUCUGCAGCGCAUAUCCAGGAUAUCACCUCGGCUAGCGCAAGCCUUGUUGGCUAAGUCAGUAUGCACGGCUGGGUUCCACAGCACUACAUUGCAGUGGGUUGAAGGACUGGAGUCCAGCCAUCCACACAACAUGUUAACACUCCAUGCCAAGCUCAAGUUGUACCAAGCUAAGUGCAGCAUAGUGGAGAUGGUGAUGUGCAAUGCAGUUGUAUGGGCUGUGGAUCGCAGGCAGCCGAUUGUCCUUGCUCUCUCACCGCAACACCAUAACAUGCUGGGAAUUGUGUAUUGUCGCAACGAUGCACCUCUCCUGUACAACACCAAACUGCUCACACAGCCUGACAGCAGUGGAAAGAUAGGUCCUCCGCAGCAUGUCACAACCAAAAAGAGGUCUGCUACCAGGACGACAGGAGUACAGCUGUCAUUGCCAGAAGGUCAUCGAGACCGUGCUACCACUAUGGUGGGACGUGACGAUGCUCCAGUACGACCACAUCACACAAGGCCACACAGCACAAGCAAAGUGGUAACAAGCGUCACAACCUUUAGCGGCUCAGACUCGUCUCCUCGAGCUGGCCGCAAGUCUGCCCCAGAGGUGGAUAUGUCACGUGAUAGCUUCACCUUUGCGGGUCGGUCCACAAGCUAUCCAUUGCUGCAGGGCAAGAUGGAUGUGAUGAAGGAGAUCAACUCCGACGACGAAGAAUGCAAUAAUGUCAUCAGCAAUGGUGGUGGUGCCCUGCGGGACAGAAGACGCAGCAGAACGAUGUAUGAUGGUGAAGCCACUGGAUCACCAGCACAACGUGAGUUCUGUCUUGAAGGUAGCUUGUACUACUUAGCACAGUCCUGCACAUCCAUCUUAGCCUUUGACAAUGCUCUGUGGGUGGCCAGGUCCUGUGCGGAUAUUCUAAUCAUCAGCAGUGAUCUAAGACAGGGUUGUCCGUUCCUGGGACAGCUGUCCUGCUCACUACAUCGUGACGUGAAUGUCUCCGCUCUUGGCAGUCAGCACAGACUUGCACUGUGCUCCGAUCAGUAUGUUAUCAGUCAACUACAGCUGCUGCACGCCGACAAGACCAGGGACAAUCGUGUGGUGGUGUGGGCGGCAUGUGAGCAGGAAACACUGCACCAGCACAACCGACACUGUCGUUAUCUGGACCGCUGCAGUGUGCCGUCAACUAUCCACCGUGACAAACUCGACGGACAUUCGACUUACCACCGCCUCUUCAUCCUGCCCAGUGCAUCUAUCAUUGUUGCAACUACCACAACUAACCUGCUCAACAUUGUCAUAUGCGCUCUCAUGGUUGACUCUGUGAUGUUUGUACUGCAUGUUCUCUUCGUGCUGUGUGAACAUUCCACUGUGAGCAAACACAGUUUAAUGUCUGUGAUGAUACAGCACAGCUAA